AUGGAACCUUCCAAGCCGCCGAUCCUCCUGAUACACGGCCUGUGGGUGACCGCCAAGUAUUGGGAAUACUGGAUACCGUAUUUUGAGCUUUUGGGCUACGAAGUGCACGCUCCCGAGUGGCCCGGAAUCAACGGCCGCUCCCCCGAAGAAGUCCGCGCAGAUCCCAGAUCGCUAGCCAACAGAGAUAUUGAAGAAAUCGUGAACUACUAUGAAGCCUUUAUCAACAAGCUUUUGUCGCCACCAAUAAUUAUUGGCCAUUCGUUCGGCGGUCUCUUUGUACAAAUAUUGCUCUCACGGGGACUUGGUGCAGCUGGUGUUGCAAUAUGUCCUGCACAGCCAGCUGGUAUCAUUACUCUUCCUUUGAACACGCUCAAGGCCGCAUUUCCUAUUCUCAAACAUGGGUACAACAAGGAGAAAACUAUCCCAAUAUCCGAACAUCAUUUCCAUUGGUGUUUUGCCAACAAUACAAGGUCCGAUGAAAGUCGGGAAUACUGGAAACGUUACAGCAUACCGGGGGUCGCGCGGGUGCUCUGGCAAUUGACAGUCCAUGUUGCGGGUGGGCAUUCAGCGCCAACGUACGUUGAUUUCAAGAAGGCCGAUAGAGCUCCGCUGCUGCUCUUGUCAGCCUCCAAAGAUCAUGUGGUACCCGCGAGUACUGUUCGUAAGAACUUCGAGGCGUAUGAUAAUGAGGCCUCUGCAGUCGUGGAAUACAAAAUGUUCCCUGGCCGGUCCCAUGGCAUGAUCUUCCAACCAGGAUGGGAAGAGCUUGCCGAUUAUGUCCUCGAUUUCAUAGCCAGGUCUUUGCGAUGA